CUCAGGCCGCCGCCGCCGAAAGAGCCGUCCAGCCAGCGUCAUGUCGGGCACCCGGGCGGCGACGGCCGCGUCCAAUGACCGCGCCCCUCACCCAGCCGGCGCCGGUGGCCUGAAGCGGCUGCGGAGCGAGCCGGGCGGGAACCGGGUGACGGUGGUGCUGGGCUCGCAGUGGGGGGACGAAGGCAAAGGCAAGGUGGUGGACCUGCUGGCCACGGAGGCCGACGUCGUCUGCAGGUGCCAGGGUGGAAAUAAUGCAGGCCAUACCGUGGUUGUUGAUGGGAAGGAAUAUGAUUUUCACCUCUUCCCUAGUGGUAUAAUUAAUCCCAAGGCAAUUUCUCUAAUUGGGAAUGGGGUGGUCAUACAUUUGCCAGGCUUAUUUGAAGAAGCUGAAAAAAAUGAGAAAAAAGGUUUAAGAGACUGGGAGAAAAGACUCAUCAUAUCAGACAGGGCACACAUUGUGUUUGAUUUUCACCAGGCAGCGGAUGGACUUCAAGAAGUGCAGCGGCAAGUGCAAGAAGGGAAAAACAUUGGCACAACAAAGAAAGGGAUUGGACCAACCUAUUCUUCCAAAGCGGCACGGACAGGACUUCGGAUAUGUGAUCUUCUUUCAGACUUUGAUGAAUUUUCUUCAAGAUUUAAGAAUCUUGUUCACCAGUACAAGUCAAUGUUUCCUUCUUUAGAAGUUGACACAGAAGGACAACUAAAAAAACUAAAGGGCUAUGCUGAAAAAAUAAGACCAAUGGUCCGAGAUGGUGUUUAUUUUAUGUAUGAAGCUCUGCAUGGCUCUCCAAAGAAAAUUCUUGUGGAGGGUGCCAACGCAGCACUGCUCGACAUUGAUUUCGGCACAUAUCCCUUUGUGACGUCCUCCAACUGCACUGUGGGCGGUGUGUGCACCGGGCUUGGUAUUCCUCCCCAGUAUAUUGGAGAAGUGUAUGGUGUGGUGAAGGCCUACACAACAAGAGUGGGAAUUGGAGCCUUUCCCACUGAACAGAUAAAUGAAAUGGGAGAUCUCUUACAGUCCCGAGGCCAUGAAUGGGGAGUGACCACAGGCAGAAAAAGGCGCUGUGGCUGGCUUGACCUUGUCAUAUUGAGAUACGCCCAUAUGAUCAACGGAUUCACUGCCCUGGCAUUAACAAAACUGGAUAUUUUGGAUGUAUUUGAUGAAAUCAAAAUUGGUGUAGCUUACAAGCUGGGUGGCAAAAGAAUUCCAUAUUUUCCAGCUAACCAGGAAAUACUGCAGAAAGUGGAGGUGGAGUAUGAAACGAUGCCAGGGUGGAAAACCGACACAACAAGUGCCAGAAAAUGGGAGGAACUUCCACCUAAGGCACAAAAUUACAUUCGGUUUGUGGAGAACCAUGUUGGGGUGGCAGUGAAAUGGGUUGGAGUUGGAAAAUCAAGGGAAUCGAUGAUCCAGCUCUUUUAAACACACAAAGAACAUAUGUGCCAAGAAGCAGUUUAUUGUACAUCUGUUCCUUUCUGUACCCAAACCGAGAUGAAGAUGAUGUUCUUCCUAGACUAUGAUUAGACAUGCCUUGUACUUGUCAUAUUCUCAAGUAAAUGUACCAGUAUCCAAAAAUUAGGAACACAGAAUAAGAACAGAAAUUUUGGGGAGGGGAAUCUUAAGGUCACAUUUAAAAAUUGCCAAACCUGCACUGAAUUAUUUCUCCAACUUGCUACCAACAGUGAAGUUUAUUCCAGAUUGCAGAAGGUGUAAGGAGGAGGUUCCUAUUCCUAUGUCAGGAAGCAAUAAUAUGGCAGUGUUCAAUGUAUGUGGCAUUUAAAAUUGUGCUGGUUAUGGAGCACUGGACUUGUGUAAAAGCCAGCACAAUUUAGUAAUUCUCUUUCAAGCCCAGCAGUCAAAGCAACUACUUAUUUUAGAAAUAAAAGCUCUUCAGAUAUAAAGGGAAAAGAGAUGCAAAAGAAGUUAUGUCAUGGGAGGAAGGAAGGCAAUAGCUUAAGUCCUUUUUUUUUUUUGGCAGUGGGUCAAACUGGAAAUAGCCGACAGACCUAAGGGAUAAAGAGUUUCCCUUGAAAUAUUUCCCAAUAGGCACUCCACAUGAAGUCCUUCAGAGAUGGUGCUCUCUUGUGCCAUUGUACAGUAGGCACAAGGACAAAGAAACCACAGCAAAGUAAGAAAAUGCCCCGGGAAGCCAAUCUUUGCAACAUCCUGAAGUGCAUCACCAGAUGGAUAGUGUGUGGCUUCACUACAUCCUUCAUUGCAGCCGAGUAGAUCCCCGGUCUUGGAUCCUAUGUUGCCAAGCCAUAGCAUGGAUUCCCUUCCACCAACAUUACUUGCCACUGUGCUGCUUGAUCAUCAACAGAAUAAAUAGGUAGAUUUAAAAGAGGAUUAGAUAGAUGGAGGAUAUCUACCUAUCAUCAUCUAGUAACCCUCAUGGCUGUGUUCUGUCACACCUGAAUACCAGUUCUGGAGUGGAGAGCGUUGUACUUGGGUCUGCUUGUGUGAUUCCUGUCGGCACCUGGUUGGCCACUGUAAGAACAGGAUGCUGGACUGGAUGGGUCACUUGCUUCAGCCAGGGGGCUCUUAUGUGCUUAAAACAACUUAACUAGAGCGGCUCCUCGUCAGCCUUUCAAAUAAUGAGUACAGAAUGAUAGUGCUUUUUUCUAUGGAGCUGUGCUGUUAUGGACUGUGGAGCAAUUCUUUUAAAUACAAUGAAUGUCUCCAAUCCCAGCAAAAUAAGCAGUGUGUAUGAAGGAGGAGCGACUGGCAUGAGUUUGGCCAAACUGAGGGAGGCAGUGGAGGAUAGGGG